UUUCCUGCUUAAUUGGUAAGUUACUUAACUUUCCUGGAUUAACACUAAUAACUUCAUCAGUACAGAAGCAUGACCCUUUAAAUAUGUGUUCCUUUCUAGACACUGCUUCCUAAUUUUAGAGGUUUCAUAUUGCUGAAAGUAUCUGAACAAUCAUGUGUGGAUAUUUUAUAGUCACAAAUAUUUGACCAACCUCCAGGAGCAGAGUUGCACACCCUACUUUGAGCACUGCUGAGGCCAGCUGUCGUGCUGGCUUCUUGCAGUAAGUACCAGAAUUGUUCUGAUUGAUAGGAUUUGAACGGCUGUUGCAAGGAACAUUUAAACUUCAGCUCCUGAAGACCUGACUGCAGGGAGGCAAAAUGGAUCACCAUGAAAUUACAUUGGGGGCUGACAAAAUCCACCAAAAUCGUCUGUCAAGUGUCACAGAAGAUGAAGAAGAACAAGAUGCAGCUUAUACAAUUGUAACAGUCCUGGAUAAAGUGGCCAACAUUGUGGACAGUGUGCAGGCAAGCCAGAAAAGAAUAGAAGAGCGACAUAGAGAGAUGGAAAAUGCAAUCAAGACCAUACAGAUUGAUAUUUUAAAGCUUGCCCAAGCUCAUGGCAAUACAGGCUAUACAGUUAACAAGUUGCUUGAGAAAACCCGCAAAGUUAGUUGCACCGUUAAAGAAGUAAGGGCACGUGUGGAAAGGCAGAGUGCCAACGUACAGAAAGUUGAAGCAAAACAAGAGGAGAUGCUGAGAAAAAACAAAUUUCGGGUUGUAAUCUACCAGGAGGAAACUGAGUGUCCUUCAUCUCUCUCUGUCAUCAAAGAGAGGACAAGAGGUGAAAACCUAGAGGAUGAUUUCUUCCCACCUGAUGAUCUGUCUUCUGAUGAAGAAUAUUAUAUUGAAGAAAGCAAAGCAGCCCUUUUCAAGAAAUCAGGCAUGAGGCGCAUAGAUGAUAUCAAAAAGGCAUUUUCAAGGGAAAAUAUCCAAAAGACAAGACAAAAUUUUGGCAAGAAAGUAAACAGGCUUCAAACUAGAAUAGUGACCCCUGAAAGGAGAGAAAGGAUCAGGCAGUCAGGAGAGAGACUGAAGCAAUCUGGGAUAAGGUUCAAGAAAACCAUUUCACAAGCUGCCCCAGUAAGGAAGACAUUCAAGAUCCAUAAAAAAAAUAAAGAACGAACAGUAGCUGAAGGUCAGGAGGGAAUCCAGGAAGGUGGUGUGUACAUAGCUUCUGAGACCUCAGCAGCAGAGCCCUUCACUGAAGAGAUCUCUUACUCAGAAGUGACUACUAAGACAAAGAAAGACAAGAGCAGUGGAACAAAAGGUGCUUCUGAGUCAGCUGAAAAAGGAGGGGCAAUCCCAGAAACCAUUUUUAAACAGGAAGGAAAAGGAGGAGGAGCAGCAGGUGAUAAUGUCCCUUUACUAAACUUAAAGCAAUCAGCAUAAGAAAUCAAUUAACAUAUAUACCAUACAAUCCCUACUGAACAAGAGAGAAUAUAGUACAGAUUCACUCAGUUUUAGAACAACGUGUGAAUUUUUGUUAUAUCAGAAAAUAUGUGUGUGUUGUUCAUUUACACGGGUGUCUGUAGUGUUGUCUUCCUGAAAAAAGACAAGAAGUCAUGCAAAUUUAACAAAAGGGCUCCCUCUCUCUCUCUCUCUUGAUGUGUACCAAUAGCUACCAUUAUUCCAAAUGGAAGUUAUGAUUGCAUGUCAAAGGGAGAUGGAAACUUGCUAUAUUUUUAAGAUUGAUUUAGUAUUCACUUAGUAGUCUAAUCAUUCUCUUUAGUUUUAUGUGCAACAGCAUAAAAACAUUUUCCAUUAUCUUGUACCAAAUCAUCUAAACAGAAAACAAACAGUAACCAAGUUAUUACUUCAUAUUAACAGAAGGAAGAAAUACAAAAAGUAUCCAUGCAGCUAUAAAAAAAAAAUCUUUUCUUUCAUGGGCCCUCACUGAAAUAGCAGGAGAAGAAAAUUUCUGCUUUAUCCAGGAUGUGACAAAAUGCAUCAAGAAUGAUAGAUUUUUUGAAGAAAUAAUAUUUUUUCUCAAUGGAAAAAUUGAUCAAAGAAAAAGAGAACUGAAUAAAGAUGAU